UUCUAACUUUUCUCAUGUUGUUAGAUAGAAAAAAGAGAAAAAAAAAAAAGAAAAAGAAAAAGAAAAAACGAGUUACACAAGAAUUUUGAAAUUUUGAAGGUCCAAUCAAAAUUAUGAACAAAGGAAAACAGGGCUCAUUAGGUUACGUUGUUAUGCUUUCCUUUCCUGUCACUUUCCUUUCCCGUCUUCCUAAUUUCCUUCGGUAUUAAACAAUUCUAAAAGUCGUAAAUAUGAAUCAAAUCAUAUGAAAUCAAAGAAGCAAAAACGCUCCACCCCCAAUGCCAAUGGGUUUGGGUUGUUCUGAGUGAAGAAUGAAAAAUACUAGCAUCACUAUGCGGCUCCAUUGUUACAUAGUUUUGUGCUUUUUGGGUUCACACUCUCUCUUCCCAAUUUUUGCCGCAGCUUUUGACACCAUAACCGCAACACAACCUCUCACACAAGACCAAACCAUCGUCUCCUCCGACCAGAGAUUCGAAUUGGGCUUUUUCACACGAGGCAACUCAUGGUAUGUAGGUAUAUGGUACAAGAACAUCCCAGACACAGUUGUCUGGGUUGCUAACAGAGACAACCCUCUCAAAGACUCGUCUGGGGCCUUCAGGAUCGGAGACGACGGCAACCUUGUCCUGGCCGACUCAUCGUCGAAUUCCAUAUGGUCAUCAAAUCAAUCGACAACAACAAGCAAUACAAUUGCACAGCUCUUAGACUCUGGAAACUUGGUUCUUCGAGUGGAAAACGAUGUCAACCCUGAAAACUACAUAUGGCAGAGCUUUGAUCAUCCUACGGACACGCUGUUGCCGGGGAUGAAGCUCGGAUGGGACUCGAAAACCGGGUUGAACCGGUACUUGACGUCGUGGAAGAGCAACGACAAUCCAUCCUCCGGUGACUAUACCUUCAAGCUCGACCUUGAUGGCUUUCCAGAAGUUUUCUUGUCAAACAAACAGAAAAGAACUUAUCGAAGCGGGCCGUGGAAUGGAAUCAGAUUCAGUGGCGUACCGGAAAUGACUCCGAUCUAUAACAUCACCUUCGACUUUGUUAUGAGCAAAAACGCGGUGUACUAUUCGUUUGAGAUUCAUGACAGUCCAUUGAUUUCGAGGUUACUGGUGAACCACUCUGGAUUGCUUCAGCGCUACACAUGGAUCGAUGACGACAAACAAUGGAAUCUUUUUUGGUAUGCUCCGAAAGAUCAAUGUGAUAUUUAUAAGGAGUGUGGUCCUUAUGGGAUAUGCGAUACAAACUCUUCGCCGGUUUGCAAGUGUAUGACAGGGUUCGAGCCCAAGAACGCGCAAGCCUGGGAAUUGAGGUAUGGGCUUGAUGGGUGUACUAGGAAGAGCAAGUUGAAUUGCAACGACGAUGGGUUUUUGACAAUGAGGCAUAUGAAAUUGCCCGACUCUUCCAAUCCUUUUCUGGACGAGGGUAUGAGCCUGGCCGAUUGUGAGAGGAUGUGUCGGACCAAUUGUUCGUGCACAGCUUAUGCCAAUGCUAACAUUACCGGAGGUGGUUUUGGGUGUGUGAUUUGGACGACCGAUCUUCUCGAUAUUAGGCAGUAUGCUAUGGCCGAGGGCGGUCAAGAUCUGUAUGUUAAACUGGCAGCUUCUGAUCUAGGUAAGAGUAAUGGAUCUGGAAAUAGUUCCAACAAAACUAAGCGAAACGCCAUGGUGGCGGGGAUUACAGUUGGUAUAUGUGUUCUGCUAUUUGGACUAGCUUCAUGUUUUAUAUGGAAGAGGAGGUCAUUGCAACGCGCGGUAAAUGGAAGACACAUGAAAGGUCCACUGCAAAGAAGUAAAGAUUUUUUACACAAUGAAUCAGUUAUUCCAAGUAGAAGAGACUACUCGAGUGAGGGUACAACAGAAGAGCUGGAGUUACCGCUGCUUGAUAUUGGAACCAUAGUGAUGGCUACUAAUAAUUUCUCUGAUGCGAAUAAGCUAGGAGAAGGUGGUUUUGGUUGCGUUUACAUGGGUAUGGUAGAAGGUCAAAUAAUAGCAGUGAAAAGGCUCUCAAGGAAUUCCGGGCAAGGAAUUGAAGAAUUCAAGAACGAAGUUAGACUGAUUGCGAGGCUUCAACACAGAAAUCUUGUUCGACUCCUUGGCUGUUGCAUUGAGAUGGAAGAAAAGAUGUUGAUAUACGAGUACAUGGAGAACAGAAGCCUCGAUUCCAUUUUAUUCAACAAAGAAAGGAGCUCACUAUUAAAUUGGCAAAGGCGUUUCAACAUCAUCAAUGGGACUGCUCGUGGUCUUCUAUAUCUGCACCAAGAUUCAAGAUUUAGAAUUAUCCAUAGGGAUCUCAAAGCAAGCAACAUUCUACUUGAUGCAGAAAUGAAUCCAAAAAUAUCAGACUUUGGCAUGGCAAGAAUUUUUGGAGGAGAUCAGACCGAAGCAAAUACAAAGAGAGUAGUUGGAACUUAUGGUUAUAUGUCUCCUGAAUAUGCAAUGGAUGGCAUCUUCUCCGUAAAAUCUGAUAUUUUCAGCUUUGGUGUUCUGGUGCUGGAGAUAGUAAGUGGUAUGAAGAACAGAGGAUUCUACAGUACUAACAAUCAUCUUAACCUUCUUGGAUAUGCAUGGAGGCUAUGGAAGGAAGGAAAAGGCAUAGAAAUAAUUGACUCAUCGACAGGUGCUUCUUGCUCUCCAUGUGAGGUGUUGAGAUGCAUACAAGUUGGCCUUUUGUGCGUUCAAGAACGAGCAGAGGAUAGACCAACCAUGUCGACUGUGGUCUUGAUGUUGAGCAGUGAAACUACAUCAAUGCCGCAGCCAAAACACCCUGGUUUUUGCAUUGGAAGGCCUAUUGAAACAGAUUCAUCUUCAAGUAAACAACAUGAAUCAUGCACAGUGAACCAAGUUACAGUUACUACUAUGAUAGAUGGCCGGUAGUUAGACACGACCUCAGCUGGCUAGAACAUUUGGAACUUCUCUGUUUGUAUAUAUAUUUUUUUUUUGUCAAUUUUGUGUAAGGUUAAAGAAUUAGUAGAUCUCUUUGAUGUAAAUUCAGGUAGUUCAGUUACAAGUUCAAAUAUUAAUCCUCA